CGCAUGACGUGAGUCCCCUCGCGCUUGCUCAGUACCAGUAAGGUUCCGGGCGGUAGUCGGGGUCUCCGGUGUAUCAGAAUGGCGACGUCGCUGGGAUCAAAUACUUAUAACCGACAGAACUGGGAAGACGCGGACUUUCCAAUUCUUUGUCAGACAUGUCUAGGAGAGAAUCCCUAUAUCAGGAUGACCAAAGAAAAAUAUGGCAAAGAAUGCAAGAUAUGUGCUCGUCCCUUCACGGUAUUCCGAUGGUGCCCAGGGGUGCGAAUGCGGUUCAAGAAAACAGAAGUAUGUCAGACUUGUAGCAAGUUGAAAAAUGUGUGCCAGACCUGCCUUCUAGACCUGGAGUUUGGGCUUCCGAUUCAAGUGCGUGAUACAGGGAUUUCCUUUAAAGAUGAUAUGCCUAGAUCUGAUGUAAAUAAAGAAUUCUACACACAGAACAUGGAGCGAGAAAUCAUGAAUUCUGAUGGAACAAGGCCAGUCGGAGGUCUGGGAAAAGCCCCAUCCAGCAGCGAUAUGCUUUUAAAAUUGGCUCGUACCACUCCAUACUACAAACGGAACCGUCCCCACAUCUGCUCUUUCUGGGUGAAAGGAGAGUGUAAAAGAGGAGAAGAAUGCCCAUACAGACACGAGAAACCCACAGAUCCUGAUGACCCUCUUGCUGAUCAGAAUAUCAAGGACCGUUACUAUGGCAUCAAUGACCCAGUAGCAGACAAACUCUUGAAAAGGGCCUCAACAAUGCCACGUUUGGACCCCCCAGAAGACAAGACCAUUAGUACCCUGUAUGUGGGAGGGCUGGGCGACAACAUCAGCGAAUCGGAGCUUAGGAAUCACUUUUACCAGUUUGGUGAAAUAAGGACUAUUACGGUAGUCCAGCGUCAGCAGUGCGCCUUUAUUCAGUUUGCCACCAGACCAUCAGCAGAGAUGGCGGCAGAGAAAUCGUUUAAUAAACUGAUCGUUAAUGGUCGUCGGCUGAAUGUCAAGUGGGGAAGAUCUCAGGCAGCUAGGGGCAAAGAAAGAGAGCGCGAAGGCAUUAAUGAUUCUGGGUUGACGCUAGAACCGGUUCCUGGAUUACCUGGAGCUUUGCCACCUCCACCUACAGAAGAAGAGUCCUCGGCUAACUAUUUUAACCUUCCUCCAAAUGGAUCAUCUGCUUUGGUUAACAUUGCGCUGCCACCACCUGGGUUAACUGCUCCACCUCCAGGAUUUGGCCCACACAUGUUUCCUCCUAUGGCCCCUCCACCGUUCCUCCGUGCUCCUGGUCACAUUCAUUACCCUUCACAAGAUCCCCAGCGCAUGGGGGCACAUACAGGCAAGCCUAGCAGUGCCUAGGUCUAUGACGAUAUUCACAACAAUAUAAUUGAAUGGUCACCAAAUCAGUGGUCAAGAAGCGUGAACGUGAAAAGAGACUUCUUCUUUUUCUUAUCCUGCAGAUGAUGGAAGCCAAAAAUAUAGCGGUCUACUACAGAUCCCUCUAGUAACAGAAGUGGAAUAAGGACACUUGUAUGGGAAUUAUUGGCUUUUAAUAUGUAUGUUUCGUAGUAAAAAGAGGAGGAAAAAAGUGUUUUGGAAAUCGUUUACUUGUAUGGUUGUCUUUAUUUUUUCCUUUGUCACCUUUUUUAAUAAAUUAUCAAGAUUCCAAUU